AUGAACUUGGUAGAAACAACAUGGGGCUUAGGAAUGAAAUAUGUCGACGAUAUAUCUACCCAAAAUGUAUAUCCUUUCGGACAAUUGGAACUUGCAGGCUUUUCUUUCAUCCUCAGGUUUAAGCUAAGCCUGCUGGUAUCCUACUUUCGAUUUGUCCCUCGGGGGAUGUGCAAAUAUGGCAUCACCUGCGUAUUAGCUUCUUGCACGCUAUUCCACCUAUCGUGUCUGAUAGUUCAACUCAACCAAUGCCACCCGAUCGCAAAGAAAUGGGAUCCAACUAUCCCAGGGAGAUGUAUUAACCAGAUUCCUUACUACAUGGCUUCCUCGGCAUUGGCUAUCGUUUUCGAUUUCGCUGUCAUGUUUCUUCCAUUCCCAGUACUCAUUAAAACGAAGAUUCAACUACGAAAGAAAGUCAUGUUACUCGGCCUUUUCGCCCUUGGUUUCUUUAUUACCGGGAUCCAGAUCAUCAGAAUCCAAUUCUUGAAAGACCUCAGAAACCCCCUCAAUUCUGGACCUGUCGUACUAUGGUCGACAGUCGAAGCAAACCUAGGUGUAAUAGUUGCAUGUAUACCGGUCCUUUCGCCUCUUUUCAAGCAGAACCGUAAUAACUAUAAUAAGGGCACGCCCGAGUCGACAUGGGGGAAUACUACAACGCCGAGUAUUGCAAGGCACUCUUGUAGGGUUGCCAGAAAUCACAUCUCCGAGGAUGACCUAUUCGAUACAGAGAAAGACAAUGAUAAACGUCUAACGAGCACCGAUAGCCGGGAGCUCAUUAAUAUAGGGAACGGACGCAUACUUAGGGAGACAGAUAUUGUCGUUGUCAACCAACUAGCCCCCGCUCAUCUGGCUCCCCUACAUGAUAUGGAGCUAGGAGGACCAUUGAAGGUUAAUUAUGAAUGCUGGGCGAGGAGUACUAAAAUGACAAUUCACGAUGGAUUUUCAAGUCAUAGCCUCGACUGCAUUUAG